CGUGACAAUGCCUCGGAAAGACACCCUGCUGAUUCUACUUUUCGUCCUCCAAGCUGCGUCUACUCUCGCUGGACGCAAAGUACCUGAGUCUACCGUGCUGACAACAGAUGUCGCCAUUGUUGGAGGUGGGGCCUCUGGAACCUAUGCAGCCAUUCGCCUCCGCGAAGAUUUCAACACAAGCAUUGUGCUCAUUGAGCCAAGACCAUACCUUGGAGGCUCUGUCAGUACCUACCUCGUACCCGAAACCAACACCACGCUUGAAUUUGGCGUACAGUCAUAUUUACGUUACGGCCCUGCCCUGGACUUCUUCGCGCGCUUCGGAAUCGCCCUUCGCCCCUUUGCUUCAAAAAGACUCACCACUGUCAACAUUGACGUCGAAACUGGUGAGCAGCUAAAAGACUACUUAUCACCGAAUAUCAACGCCACCAAUGAGGCUUUUCAGCGAUGGCUGGCCAUUGUGUCGAAAUAUAAGACGUUUUUAGAGCCCGGUUACUGGAACUUCCCGCUUUCACCCGAUAUUCCUUCGGAUUUCUUGGUCCCUUUCGAAGACUUUGCAAAGCGACAUGAGCUUGAAGCGGCUGUUCCUCGCAUUCUAGCUAUAUCUGGCGUAGGCUAUGGAGGUGUUCGCAAUCCCAUAACGUUGCACCUUUUGCAGGCUUUCGGCGCGUCACUGACACUGGAUAUGUUAGAGAAUCAGAUGUUUGUGCCGACAGGAUCCAACAGCCUCAUAUACCAGCGCGCCCAUGAUUUCCUCGGACCCGACGUCCUUCUAUCGAGUACAGUCAAAGAUGUCAAGCGGACUUCGACUGCGAUGACAAUUUUGGUCAAACAACGCGACACCGAGUAUAUCAUCAAGGCUCGUCGCAUCUUGUAUUCUGCACCGCCCAGCUUACGCAAUCUAUCCCCGUUUCAACCCGAUGAAAAAGAGGCUGCAGUAUUCUCGACGUGGGCCGAGGACAGCGAAUUUGUCGGCAUAGCGAAGAUAUCCUGCAUACCUGAAAAUUAUUCGAUAAACUUCAUACCUUCAGUAGCAGUACCGACAAAUUACCUUGCGCUUAAGGUGCGAAAAGACUGGCCGUAUAGUAUCCGACUCGACUCAACCGGGCCACCAGGCUUAGGCCUAUUUCGUAUAAUCGUUGGCGCAAACUAUACGCUUUCGCUCGAUGAUGUUAAAAAUCUCGUGCUCGAAGGCACCAAAAGGCUUGAAGAUGCCGGAACCGUGACGGAGGAAUGCGGUGUGGAAUUCAAGUCUUCGUCAGACCAUAGUCGACCACAAUGGAAGCAAACUGCUGAACAGCUGCAAAGUGGCUUGGUACAGAAACUAUAUGGUCUACAAGGCUAUAGAGGCAUAUGGUACGUAGGCUAUGUGUGGGGUGCUCCGUAUAGUAGCACUAUUUGGGCCUUUACGGACACAGUACUUCUCAAGCUGUUGGACGACAUCAAGACCGAUAAAUCUUCUAGCCAAAAGGCUUGA